UAACAAACCUAAAUAAGAGACUGCUUCACCAUCAUGCGCUGGGAACCAGAGACCGUGAACACUCUGUGGCGUCUGCUCUACACCACCCAGUCAGUGGCGAUCAUCGCCGACGUGGAAAAGAUCGCUGAAGCCUGGCCAGAUGAUGAUGAGAGACCUACACCCAGCGGUGUGCGAGGGCAGCUUCAGAAGCUGAAACGCACCCUAGGCAACCCAUCCAACUUCUCCAUCACCAACCCCAAGGCUGGAAAGGCUCAGGAUGGUGGCGACGAGAACGAAGACCCCGGCACUCCCCGCACCCCUGGCACUCCCAAAAAGCGAGGCCGGAAGCCAGGCAAGGUCAGCGACCAGAACAAUGCUACUUCCACUCCGGAUGGUUCCCAGGCCACCCCCACCAAGAAGGUCAAGCCCAGCAAGGCCAAAGCCGCUGCCGGGCCUACGUCCCCCGGUCCGCGUCUGGGCGAGGACCCCAAGGUUGGCACACAGAUGGCCCAACACCAGGCGGCUGAGAGACCCCACUGUGGUGGCAUGGUCUGCAACGAGUUGGACUGCAUCAGCUGCAAUGGAUACUAGGUCGGCGGUCGUACAACCUUUCUAGCUAUGUGAACGCAGAGUUGUUGGAGGAAGAAAUGACAGUCUGUAUUGCAAAUGGUGG